UGAUUGUAUGUCACUCUCUGAUUCUGAGCCUAUUACUGCUGCUGGCCCUGCUUUGAAAAGAAAAAUUUGUGACACAUGCUCGGGCACUUACUUCAGGUUUUGCAUCAGAUGUAAGCAAGAUAAGGAGUUUGAACAGUCAUUGCAGAAAGAUAGUCAAAAGAAUUCAUUUGACUCUGAAGGUGGAUCAACAUCCGAAGAACCAUCCAAUGAAAAUAUUACUGACAGAUCUAUCAAAAAUUUGGGAGAACAACGUAUUAAACCUUUAUCUAGUAAUUCACCAAAAUUAAACUUGGAGAAAGAGUUGAAUGUUUUGUCAGCGAAGUUCAUGAAAAAAAGUAAAGUAACUGUUAAUAUCAGAAGAAGAUGUGUAUUUAAUGAUGUUAUGCAAAAAAUGGAGGUGUUUUUUUCAGAUGCUGAAUUGUCUCCUUUCAAGGUAGAAUUCACCAGUAUGGGUGGUAAGGAAGCUGGUGUAGACACAGGUGGUCCUACUCGUGAGUUAAUAUCGCUAUUUUAUCAAAGCACAAUUGGUAAACUUACAUAUGGCCGUCAAAAUAAUGAAUUUUUUAUCCAUGAUCUGCAAAAGUUAACAGAAGAUCAAUAUAUGUUUUUUGGAAAAUUUGUGUCAUUAUCUUUAUUACAUGGUUGCAAUCCACCAUACUUCAGUGCUGGUCUCAGUGGCUUUAUAGUGGGGCAUAAAGACUGUUUAUGUUGCAUUGAUGACAUACCCAGCAUUGACCUCAAAAUUAAACUUGAAAAUAUCAGAAAUUGUGAUAAAGAAGCAGAAUUUCAGUCUCAAGUUCAACGUUUCCAUGAACGAUUUGACUAUGGUUACAACAAACCAUGUCCGAAACAAGCAGACAAAACUGAUUUAUUGCAAAAGGGGGCUCACCACAUCAUAAUAUCUAUGCAAUUAGAGGAAAUUCAGCAAUUUUUAAAGGGACUUGAAGCUUUUGGUGUUCUUGAUCUGCUUAGAAAGCAUCCUUUGGAAGCCAUAAAGUUAUUCACUUACAACCAAGAUCUUGUUGAUCCUGAGGUUAUCAAGUCCUGUUUUGAUGUAACAUAUUCGAACGAAAGUGAUAAAGCUUCCCUAGAGGAAGAUAUUUUUUACAAUUGAAAAAACUUCCUCGAUGAAUUGGGUCACGGUAAGUCUAUCACUGUUAAAACUUUCACCCUAUCGGAUGUCGAGAAUGAAAAAACAGAAGAGAGUGCUAAAUCAGAGAAAAAACUUUCACUAGGCGUUGUUAUGAUGUUUCUCACAGGCUCUACUGUUGUACCUAAUAACGAAAAAAUCAAAGUUCUUUUUGAUCAUAUAACUGGAAAGGGAAGAAUCAGUGUUUCGACAUGUCAGUAUCAGCUCACUUUUCCGGUUGUACCAAGAUAUACUGGGUCAAAAUUUUCUAGAAACAUUACCGAAGAUAUUAUUAAUUCGCCGGGCUUUGGCAUUGUUUAAAAAUACUUAUUGUUUGAUAAGUAUAUUUUAUCAGUGGUAUUCUAUUGUUUUUUGAAUUAGCAUAUUUUUUAAAACAUCAUUU